AUGAGAGGAGGGCAUGGACCAGAGCAAUACCGCACAGUCGCCUACUUCGUGAACUGGGCCAUCUACGGCCGCAAGCACCGGCCGCAAGACCUGCCCGUCGAGAAGCUCACCCACGUCCUCUACGCCUUCGCCAACGUGCGCCCCGAGACCGGCGAGGUGUGGCUCACGGACACCUGGGCCGACACCGAUAUUCACUGGGAAGGCGACAGCUGGAACGACUCGGGCAACAACCUGUAUGGAUGCCUGAAACAGCUCAACUUGCUGAAGCGGAGGAACCGGAAUCUCAAAGUUUUAUUGUCAGUGGGCGGAUGGACAUAUAGCAGCAACUUCCGGCAGCCGGCCUCGACGCCCCAGGGCCGCGCCACUUUUGCGAACAGCUGCGUCGAACUCAUCAAGAACCUGGGCUUCGACGGCAUCGACAUUGACUGGGAGUACCCGCAGUCGCCGUCCGAAGCCGCGGACUGGGUAUCCCUUCUGCGCGCCGUGCGCGAAGCCAUGGACGCCUACAGCCGCACCCUGCCGCGACCGUACCACUUCGAGCUAACCGUCGCCUGCCCAGCCGGCGCGCAGAACUACUCCAAGCUGGACCUCCCCGCCAUGGACCGCCUCCUUGACUUCUGGAACCUGAUGGCGUACGACUACGCCGGCUCCUGGGACUCCACGUCCGGCCACCAAGCCAACAUCUACCCCAGCACGUCGAACCCCAAGUCCACCCCCUUCAGCACCUCCGCCGCCCUGCAGUACUACACCUCUCACGGCGUGCCCCCGCACAAGAUCGUAAUCGGCAUGCCGCUCUACGGCCGCGCCUUCCAGAACACCGACGGCCCGGGGACCCCCUACAACGGCGUCGGCGAGGGCACCUGGGAGAACGGCGUGCACGACUACAAGAAGCUCCCGCUCCCGGGGUCCACCGAGCAAAUCGACUACCAGGUCGCCGCCAGCUACUGCUACUCCCCCAGCACGCGGACGAUGGUCAGCUACGACACGGUGCCCCUGGCGCGCGCGAAGGCGAAGUAUGUGCGCGACCACCGCCUCGGCGGCGCCAUGUGGUGGGAGAGCAGCGCCGAUAAGGAGGGGCCCGAGAGCCUGAUCAGUAAUGUGGUGGAGGUCCUGGGCGGCCCGCAGAAUCUGGAUCGCACGCCGAACUGUGUCGAUGUGCCGUUUACCAAGUAUGAGAAUCUGAGGGCGGGGUUUCCUAAUAAUUAG